CUCUCUGAGGAACAGCGUCUGGAUGUUCGGAGAGAAGUCAAAGGUCAGGAGGAAUGAGAGUGCGGAUCUGAGCGGCUGAAAGGAAUCAGACGUUUUCCAGCAAACAUGGCGGAGCGAUGGAGGUCGGCGCUGCUCCUCUGCCUGCUGAUGGCGGCCUCCAGCCUGGCCAACACCGGAACCACGGCGCCCGCCAGCACCGGGAACAACACCGAGCACGGGACGGGCACCGUCAACACGCUGCCCAUCGUAACGUGGAAAUGGCACCAUGUGGAAGUGCCGUACCUGGUGGCGCUUUGGGUCCUGGUGUGCUGGCUCUGCAAACUGGUCAUCGAGGCCAACCACAAAAUCACCAACUACAUCCCGGAGAGCGCCCUGCUCAUCUGCUUCGGCUUCAUCCUGGGCGGGAUAGUCUGGGGCGCGGACAAGGUCCAGACCUUCAAGCUCACCCCGACCGUCUUCUUCUUUUACCUGCUGCCGCCAAUCAUGCUGGACACCGGCUACAGCAUGCCCAACAAGCUCUUCUUCACCAACCUGGGCGCCAUCUUGAUUCACGCCGUCAUCGGCACGGUCUGGAACGCCGCCACGUUGGGGCUGUCGCUGUGGGGGUGCCACCAGGGCGGAGCCAUGGGCAACAUUGAAAUCGGGCUGCUGCAGUACCUGCUGUACGGAAGCCUGAUGGCCGCCGUCGACCCGGUCGCCGUCAUCGCGGUGUUUGAGCAGGUUCACGUCAACGAGGUUCUCUUCAUCCUGGUGUUCGGAGAGUCGCUGCUCAACGACGGCGUUACGGUGGUGCUUUUCAACGUCUUCGACGCGUUCGUGUCUCUUGGAGGAGGUGCAAUCGAUGCUAAGGAGAUCAUCAAGGGAAUAGUUUCCUUCUUUGUGGUGGCGUUUGGCGGUUCCCUGUUGGGCUUUGUGUUCGGCCUGCUGAUGUCUCUGUUGAGCAGAUGCACCAAGAACGUCCAGAUCAUUGAGCCGGGCUUCAUCUUCGUCCUGGGAUACUUGUCCUACCUCACCGCCGAGAUGCUGUCGCUGUCGUCCAUCCUCUCGGUCGUUUUCUGCGGCAUUUGCUGUCAGAAGUACAUGAACUCCAACAUGAACGAAAAUUCCAUCCAAACUGUCCGUUACGCCAUGAAGGUCUUCGCCAACGGCUCGGAAACCAUGAUCUUCGUCUUCCUCGGGAUCUCCGCCAUCGAUAAGGCCAUCUGGGUCUGGAACACGGGCUUCAUCCUUCUCACGCUGCUCUUCAUCCUCAUCUACAGAUUCAUCGGUGUGUUUAUCCUCACCUGGAUGCUGAACAGGUACCGACUUGUCCCGAUAAGUUUUGUUGACCAGAUAAUUAUGGGCUACGGUGGCCUGCGAGGGGCUGUGGCUUAUGGACUGGCAGUGAAUCUGAAUGAGUCGAAGAUAAAGGAGAAGAACCUGAUGGUGUGCACGACUCUCCUCGUUGUCUACUUCACUGUGAUUCUCCAGGGAGUGACGAUGAAACCUUUGGUUCAGUGGCUGAAAGUGAAGAGAGCUGAAAUUGCUGAGAUCACACUCAUAGAAAAAGUGCAGAACAAGGUGUUUGAUCACAUGCUGAUUGCUAUUGAGGAUAUUUCAGGACAAAUAGGAGACAACUACAUGAGGAAUAAGUGGAGAAACUUCGAGGAGAAGUGGAUGUCGAGGCUGUUACUGAAGCCGUCUGCGAGGAAGCAGCAGGACCACCUGUACAACGUCUUCCACCAGCUGAACCUGCAGGAUGCGAUGGAGUACGUGAAAGAGGGUGAGCGCAGAGGCUCCCUAGAGUUCAUCCGCAACGAAAGCGCGUUUGUUGACUUCAAGAAGAAGCUUGGGGAAGACUAUGAAGAGGCGAUGCCAGACAUCAUGGCGGAUAUGGCCAAUGAUCAGGGCGGAGCUUCAGCGCUGAGAAGAGACGUGUUGCCGACGGUCAGUUUGGAGAUGCACGAGCAGAACAUGAGGGGCCUCAGAGAAGCGGAGGGCAUCAACGCUCACCACCUGCUGGACCAGCAUCUCUACAAAGGCCGGAAGCAGCACCGGUACCGCUACAGCCGCAGCCACUUGGACAUCAACCAGGAUGAAAACGAGGUGCAGGAGAUCUUCCAGAGAACCAUGAGGAGCCGCCUGGAGUCCUUCAAGUCUGGGAAGAUGGGCGUGGCGCCACCGAAGACCAUAACCAAGCACACCAAGAGGGAGCCGCAGACAAAGAUGCCAAACGGAAAGAAUAAACCGUACCAUUCUGGGGACGAAGAUUUUGAGUUCUCAGAAGGAGACAGCGCCUCAGGCUACGAUACUUCCUUCCCCACGAGAGUCACCUACAGAGCCGGAGCUGGAAUCGAGAACCCCGCCUUCAUGCCGGACCUGGACCCCUCCUCGCCGCUGCACAUCCCCCCCUGGCUGGCGGAUGCCGGGAUGGAGGUGAAUCCAGUGGCGCCGUCGGAGCGCGCCCAGGUGAGGACACCUGGAUACCUCCACCGCCUGUCUUCCCUGCGAACCAACACACGGUCCGGUGAGACCGCCCAGGACCGGGACCUGCCAACACCCCCACCUCACAGAGACGAUGACCACCUGUAGCGCCCCCACAGGAACAGGAAAUGACUUCAGACUUUGCAUCAAUGCCAGGAUGUCAACCGGAGAAUCAGCGACUCAACUGAAACUGCUUCUGGAGUUUCCUGUCCCUGAAUGUGACGUAGAAACCUUUAAAAAGGAAGUUAUGGUUUUAAGGAGGGUUUAUGAUUAGAGGGACAUAAAAUCAAAUCUAUGAUCUGAAUUUCUGUUUGUUUUAUUAUUUUUUUGCUGAGAGCUUAAUAUAAAACUGCUGUAAAAACGUCUGAUGUAUGAUAAAGACAGUUUUAUGUAUUUAUUUCAGUUUGUAAAGCCAGACAUGCAGAGGACAGCACUCAAAAUUUAAUCCAUGUGUGAAUGAAAAUAUCCUUUAGAAAUAAAAGUGAAUAACGUUUUG